CUCGCCCCCUGUGUGGUCUGCUGCUGUGCCGCCUCUGCGCCUGCCCGCCCACCCGCCAUCCCUCCAGUGUCAUGCGACUGCUGCAACACCGUGCAUCUGCAUCCAUGGAUCGCGUGUACAUGUAAGCGUGGCGCACACAGCCGUAGAUACUGGAGCUUGGGGCAGUACAUUGGAUGCGUGUACCGGGUGUCCUGCCUGCACCGCUGCCGCCGCCCCUCCUGUUGCGCCUUCGCCGGUUGGCCUCCCUCAGACAGUCAAUGCGGAGCGCCUGUGGGUCGAUGGAUUCAAGUCAGUUCAACCGGUAUGCUCUGUGGGCUGCCUAGUCUCAGCAUUGCCUCACUCCACCUACGUGCUUCCUGCAACAACCUUCAACACCCAUGCAACUACCUCCAAGGCUCUAAUUACGACACUAUGAAACAGAAUUGGGAAAACUAUUGCAAGCUGCUGCCACUUGCACUAAGUAUCUGCAUUAUCCACUAAAAACAGCAGCUACCAUGGACUGGAGGCCAAAUGGGGGAACAUGGGAUAGGCGAUGGGGUUGGCCAGCACCUAAGCACACAGCAUAGGGCUGGGUAUUCGCAUGCAGUGCUUGUGGUCGCCUGCUGUUUGCAUUGCAUGCAGUGAGCUCUGGGAGCUGGGAGCAUUCGCAAAACGGUUACGGUAUGCCAUUUCGUUGCUACUGGCUGUUCCUGGUUAUAAGCUAAGUGGGCUUGCGCUAAGGGCAUAUGUGCGUUGAGCUGGGCGUGGGGUAUGGCUUUGCAAACAUCAUUUGGGCUUAAUGGUUCAAGGACAUGGGACCACCUUUGGAGGGGCAAUGUCGAGUUGCGCAGUUGGCUUUACCGCUAGCCUACCAGUUUAACUACCCACGCCCAUGCAUGAAUGUGUACUGUGCCGCGUCCGUUCAUUGCUUCGGCUCAGCAGCGUGUCAGUCGUAUGCAGCCAUGAUUGUUGGGUACGGGUUGGCUAGCAUGGUCCGACUACACAGGACUCCGUAUGGGCAAGGUUGCCGAUCAGUGGUCAUACGGUUCUGGUGAUACUGUUUCGUGGCGCAACGUAUAUGCAGAUGAGCAAAGGUAUCUUUAUCACGGCGGAUGGGUUCCAAGUGUUCAGUGCAGCAAGCAGCACAGCGGAGUGAAUAAACAGCGGCAUUGCAGACCAAUUCAGCAUCAUGGAUGUUUACUUUGCAGAUGUUUUGUCGUGCAUGUUGGGGAAUUUUUGGUUUUGCGUUGUUGCUGCAAUUUGCCCGCUGCUUUGCGCCUUGCCAUGGGUGGCAGCCACAGCCGGCAGCCUCUUAGUCCCUCCCACUCCUCCCCUCAUGUAUCCCUGCAGAUUGGAAGAAGGCUACAUUCCUCCAGCAGCGGCGGUGGGCAGAUCUGUAGCGAUUGGAGACCAGUGGAGCAGCUCUGUGGCGAUUGGAGACAUGUGGAGCAGAUCUAUGGAGCAGCAGCAUAACGCAUACAUGUGAUUUUGGGUGUAGGCAUGCGCAAGUCCAGAUAGGGUAGUGCUGAGGUAGGACAGUCUGCUGAUGUGGGUGGCCUGUGAUCUGACUAGUAAAUAAACUCGGAAGUGGGUAGUGCUGGUAGGACGAGGGCGGUGUAAGGCUUGGAGUGUUAAGAGUUGUAGGGAGGAGAGGCAUGAGGGAGUGUGGCGUGACCACUGACCGUGAUACAGUGUUGCUUCAUGCGUGAACGUGGCGAGUGCGAGGGAGCCUUUGGGACAGUGACAGUCUCACAGACGGGAAUGGUGACUGUAGCAGAUGACGGAUUGCUGAUGCCCUCCAUGUCCGCGAUCACGGGUUGCGAAAGCUGCAAUAGGCUCACUGCAU